CAGCAGGAGGAGGAGGAGGGUUGUCAUCCGUGUCAGACGAACAUCACAGGAGAAGAAGCGGAACACGGAGGAGGCAGCCGUAUGUCCGGGUCACAUCCACCUCUUUCGGCAAGAAAAGCUGCGUGAAACUGCGACACUUUUACCCGGAACGGACGGCUCCUCUAGAGGACUCUUCCUCGUCGCACUCGUCCGCUUUAAGGCGCGGAGUGGAGCGCUUUGCCCAUUCAUCCGGAAUACUCAACCAGAGCUUUUCUAGACCAGUGGGCUGCGACGUCCUCCUAAAGCUGAAAUGACCUCUGCCGGUGGAACGCCUCAAGUGUUUUCAAUCUGACGGUGGAUCCCUUUCCCACUUCAGUCUUGACAGCAAACCAAAAAUAAUCUCAUCAAUUGCUUCCUCCUUCUACACCACAUCUAAAACUUUGAGUACAUUCCCARAGUUUGGAAGCAUUCAUUCAACUGAGAGCUUUAAGACAUAAUUGAUGAAAAAUGCAUUCUGCAAUGGAAGCAGCAGACAUUGCUGUYGUAGCAGUCUAUUUUGUCCUGGUGCUAGUCAUCGGGCUUUUUGCCAUGUGGAAAGCCAAUCGCAGCACUGUGAGUGGCUACUUCCUGGCUGGUCGCUCCAUGACAUGGGUAGUGAUCGGUGCAUCGCUGUUUGUCAGCAACAUUGGCAGUGAACACUUCAUAGGGUUGGCUGGGUCGGGAGCAGCAAGCGGCUUUGCUGUAGGAGCAUGGGAAUUCAACGCGCUCCUAUUGCUGCAGCUGCUUGGCUGGGUGUUUAUCCCUGUAUACAUCCACUCAGGAGUCUACACCAUGCCAGCGUACCUGUCAAAGCGCUUUGGUGGAAACAGGCUAAAGGUUUAUUUUGCAUGCCUAUCCGUGCUACUUUACAUUUUUACUAAGCUCUCUGUGGACUUGUAYGCCGGUGCUCUCUUUAUUCAAGAGUCGCUGGGUUGGAACCUUUAUCUUUCUAUUGUUUUGCUUAUCAGUAUGACAGCACUACUCACAGUCACUGGUGGACUAGUGGCAGUGCUGUACACAGAUGCCCUUCAGGCGGUGCUGAUGAUUGGUGGAGCCCUAACUUUAACCAUCAUGAGCCUAAUCAAAGUGGGUGGACUAGAAGGUGUCAGAACUAAGUACAUGCAGGCAGUUCCUAAUGUUACGACCAUCAUGGCUACUGGAAACUUCACUUAUUCGCCUUCUUGUCGCAUUCACCCUAAACCAGACUCAUUACGCAUCCUCCGUGGUCCCCUGGAUGAAGAUAUCCCUUGGCCAGGUUUUAUUCUAGGUCAAACUCCUGCAUCUAUUUGGUACUGGUGUGCGGACCAAGUCAUUGUUCAAAGAGUACUCGCUGCGAAGAACAUCGCUCACGCUAAGUGCUCAACCCUCAUGGCUGGGUUUCUCAAGAUCUUGCCCAUGUUUGUGAUCGUCAUCCCAGGAAUGAUCUCCCGCAUCAUGUUUGCAGAUGAGAUUGCCUGCAUCGGGCCAGAGCACUGCAUGUCCGUGUGUGGUUCUUCAGCUGGCUGCUCAAACAUCGCCUACCCACGCUUGGUCAUGGCAGUGAUGCCUUUGGGACUCAGGGGUCUUAUGAUGGCUGUCAUGAUUGCUGCACUGAUGAGUGAUCUUGACUCCAUCUUCAACAGUGCAAGCACCAUCUUCACCCUGGACAUCUACCAAACCAUUCGGAAGAAGGCCUCUCAGCGUGAACUGCUCAUCGUGGGCCGCAUGUUCGUUGUGGUCAUGGUAGUGAUCAGCAUCGCCUGGGUCCCUGUUAUCAUCGAGAUGCAAGGUGGACAAACAUACCUGUACAUCCAGGAAGUUGCUGGCUACCUCACCCCACCAAUCGCUGCCCUCUUUCUGCUCGGUGUGUUCUGGAAGCGGUGUAACGAGACCGGUGCCUUUUGGGGAGGCAUGACGGGUUUCACGCUCGGCACCAUACGACUGAUCCUAGCUUUUAUCUACCGUCAGCCCCGAUGUGACCAGCCAGACAACAGGCCUGCCUUCAUUGUUCAUGUACACUACAUGUAUUUUGCGGCCGGGCUGUUCUGGAUUUCUGGGCUGGUGGCCGUGUUGGUCAGUCUGUGCACCUCUCCACCUGAAGAAGAGCAGGUACGCACCACCACAUUCUGGGGGCUCCGUCACGUCAAAAAGAUCCCAGUGAACAACCAAGAUGAAACGUAUCGGCUGUCUGAAAAGAGCCAAUGUAACGGUAAUGGAAGUCUCUACAAAGAAAUGCCCCCAGAUGUCAAGAAGGAGAGGUGCUUAGAUGGAGCUGAUAUCAAACUUCUGGUCCCACACACGGAUCAUGACCCAGCGACCCCCAGCACUGAAACAUCCCCCGCCAGCACCCCGGCUGAACGAAGGCUGGAGAUGAUCAGAGCCGAGGAAGUCUGUCAGGAAAAAGUUGAGAGAAACAUGUUCAUUCGUGCACUUGACUGUUUUUGUGGAUAUAAAGAAGAACCACAGAAUGCCUCCCAGAAACUUCUGCAAGAGGAUGAACGUGUCAUUGCAAAGAUGCUGUACGAGCCACCAAGAGUUAAAGUUCUCCUCAACUUGGCCCUGGUGCUGGUCUGCUCUGUGGGCAUUUUCAUGUUUAUUUAUUUCUCAUUGUAGCUGAGCCUUGCGCUGAACUAACUGGAACUGUUGAGAGAAAUUUUCUGAUGGUGUAAGAUAUGUCAGAAAUGAUUUUUGAGCUGUUACACCAGUAAAAUAUUAAAAGAWCAUUAACUUGUCUGUAAUAUUUACAGUUUUAUGUAGCUCUAACAGGAAUCUAAGCUUAUUCUUAUAACUGAGUAAAGCUUCUCCAUGUUAAAGAUUAUACUUAUAUUACAUUGAAUCCUAUUGUUCUUAAAUUUAAACACGUAUUCAAAACAUCUGGGAUUUUUAGAUUUGUUGUUCUACAAGUGAAUUUAAUAUUGCCUUAUUGUAGAAAUGGUUUGUUUUUGUGCUUAAGAAAAUGUGUUCAUCUAGACCUCUUUUUUUUCUAAGGGGUCCAUGAAAAAAAACUGCUAGAUUUGCUUCACUGCUGAUGUUGCAAAUACUGCUAUUUUCAGUAAUUAUUGAAGUUUUUGAUUUGAAAUAGCCCACUCAAUGUGAUGCAUUUAGUCACACUUACUCAAAUGUGCUACUACUUAGCAUUAAAAAAUAUGUCAAGGUUUUGCAGCUCAUCAAAGGGAGAAAAAUAAGCACAAUUUAAAUACUGGACAUUUUAAUUUCAAAUCAGUUUCUUAAAAGAAAAUAUAAAAGGUACAUUUGGAUUGAGUGUGAAGUUAGUGUCRCCUAUGACCAAAGUCCAGUUGUAUCUGGAGAACUUUUGGCUAUUUCUAAUGGAUUAUAUACUGUUUUCUAUGACUGUUUUUUUUUUUUUAGAUAUUUGUUUGUGGUUGUAUUCUGUGUUAUAGUUCAUAACCAACAUGCAGCUGUUAAUGCACUACUGUAUUUAAGCAACAAAUGUACUAUUGCUCAUGAUUCUGUAUCAGUUUCUGUUUGUUCUCAUUUGCCAUUUAACAUCAAAAGUGUGUCAAGUCUUUUGCAUUCUGUCAAAAUUGUGUCAAGAUUUCAGGGCUCAUUUCAUCAGCCUCAAAUGAGAUUUCUUUUGUACUAGGCCGUCUCUGGUGUACCUCCUGUUGCUGUGUUUCUAUUGUGCACGUCAGUGCUAAGACAUGAUUUUCUCCUUUCAAGUGCAUUUUCUAUAAAACUCCUACCAAAUGUGUCUUAUUGUGCACUGCUUACAUGGUAUAAAAGUAUUUACAUGAAAAAAAGACAAAUUAUUUUGUGUUUUGAUGAUUUUGUUUGGUGAUUACACUGUUUCUUUAAACUUAUGUUAAGAAAACCACUUUUUAGUGCGUUGUUUUCAUUUGAAGGAGACGGACAACAAAUAGAACUGACAUACGUGUCAGGAUUAGCACUUUGCUAGAGGAGCUCACUCAUCAUGUGGGAGUUUUUAGUUUUUAAAUUGACUGACCCACCUGGAUUGUGGUCAUCUUUUCUACCUUCUAAUGUGUCCGCAUCCCAAAAACUUAACUCACCAGAACCCAAAAUAAGAAAUAAAAAAGAAGAAUGCUGCUUGUAUGCUUUAUGGAGUUUGACACCAAAUGUUAACUUGACCUCAGUUCAGAGUAUCAGAAUGUGAAUGUUCUCAUUUCAUCCUGUAUGUUUGAUGGAUUAAAGAGAUUGUUGCUGUUUGGGAAAGAGCUUUCAAGGUUUUUCCCUUUUUGUUUUGAGAUAAUACAGUAUACAUUAUUAUUU